CUUGAACAUGCCAUUUGGCUAUUCCAAAGGGGGGAGGUGCAAGUCAAUGAUCAAAUGAGUACCCAUGGUAUGAGGGUGAUGGCAAAAACUCCACUCAAGCUCAACAAAGUGUCUGGGAAGGAGUCAUCGAGUGCACUGGCAUUCUCUGAGUGGAAUUGA